AUGUCUAAAGAUUUUUUAAAUUCUGGAUUGCAUCGAGUUUUGCAGGUUAGAUAUGGCAGGCACUAUGGCAAUAAUGACCAAACAGCAUCUGCUGACCUACAUCUACCUUCUAGUUUACAUUUCACUUUCAUCAGGGGUUAUUCUGUACAACAAGGCAAGGCACAGAUACGCAACAAAUUCAUUCGUUCAUGUCUUGUGAUUGACCUUGUAUUAUAUUAUAUUUUUCUCAAUCUCUUUCUUCUGGUGGGCAUUGGUUUAUUGCAGUGGCUCCUCUCUACAUUAUAUUUUAAUUUUCCAUUUCCAAUAACACUCACUAUGAUCCAUAUGGCUUUUUCUGGUGGUGUGGCCUUUUUGCUUGUCCGUGUUUUGAAGGUUGUGUCACCAAUUAAAAUGACCUUCUAUAUAUAUGCAACUUGUGUGGUCCCAAUAAGUGCCUUCUUUGCAGCCAGUCUGUGGUUUGGUAAUACUGCUUAUUUGUACAUUUCUGUGGCCUUCAUCCAGAUGCUUAAAGCCCUGAUGCCAGUGGCAACAUUUCUUGUGGCUGUAACUUGUGGAACUGAGAAAUUACGGUGUGAUGUAUUCUGGAACAUGGUGCUGGUCAGUGUUGGAGUUGUCAUUUCCUCUUAUGGUGAAAUUCAAUUUAAUGUGCUCGGUACAGUUUAUCAGGUUACAGGAAUAAUUGCCGAAGCUUUGAGGCUGGUAUUAACUCAAGUUCUUCUUCAAAAAAAGGGCUUGACACUAAACCCUAUUACCAGCUUGUAUUACAUAGCACCCUGCAGCUUUGUAUUUCUUUUUAUCCCAUGGUACAUCCUCGAGAAGCCUGAGAUGGAAGAUCCACAUAUGCAGUUUAACUUCUGGAUAUUUUUCUCAAAUGCUGUUUGUGCUUUCGCAUUGAAUCUUUCCACAUUCCUAGUGAUUGGUAGAACUGGGGCAGUAACUAUUCGGGUGGCUGGUGUUUUGAAAGACUGGUUACUUAUCACUCUUUCAACUGUCUUAUUUCCUGAAUCAAUGAUUACCGGUCUUAAUAUUAUCGGCUACGCUAUUGCUUUAAUUGGUGUCGUUAUUUACAACUACAUUAAGGUCCGAGAUGUUGGCGCAUCUCAACAUCAAACUAUCCAAGAUGAAUCAGCAAAGGAGCUGCAGACACAGAAAAAUGCAGAUGAUGACAUAGACAACAGAGAGGAGUCUCUAUGGAAUGAUUCAGUUUCUGAUACUCAUUUAGAUGAAGAAGCACCUUUAAUGGCUUCGGCACGGAUGUCUCAUCUUGGAUUUGGACGAAAACCAGCUUAG